GAUGCAGUGCCUACCAUUACGAUGCCGUCCUCGCCCAAGGGUACAGUAAUCGUCCAGUCAGUUAGCCGGCCUCAGAGCCCGGAGAAGGUCCAGAUCUUCGCUUCGCACGUGGAGCCGGUGGACAUCCCCGAGGCAGGGCACACAGCAGAAUCUGAGGACUCCGCUGCAGCAACCGCGGCGGCCGCGGCGAGCUGGAUAAGAGCCUCUGGGCAGGAUGCAACAAGGUCGCUGAGUCCCAG